CCCACAGCUUUGUGCAGGCGAAGCGUCCCUGAACUCUGAAGAAAUCAAGAAAUCCAAAGGCAGCAGCAAUGGCGGCGAGGUGCCUCUCUUCUCUCGCCCUCCUCUCCCCCUCCCCCUCCAGCUCCGGGAAGGUGUCGGCCAUGGCCUCCCCGCCCGUCCCCUCCUCCGCCGCCCCUCGCCGCCGUCCCGGGACCCGCCUUUCGGUGGCCACCGGCGGGGAGCAACUCGUCACGGCGCAGGAGGCGUCCCAGGAACCUGCUUAUGGAGUUGUUAGCAUUCACCAUGUUGGGAUCCUAUGUGAAAAUCUUGAAAGGUCAAUGGCCUUCUACAAAGAUCUGCUUGGUCUUAAGGUGAAUCCUGCUAGGCCAACCGACAAGCUUCCUUACAGAGGUGCUUGGCUCUGGGUUGGUUCUGAGAUGAUUCACUUGAUGGAGCUGCCAAAUCCCGAUCCAUUGACUGGGCGCCCAGAGCAUGGGGGACGUGAUCGUCAUACCUGUAUGGCGAUCAAAGAUGUGUUGAAGUUAAAAGAAAUCUUUGACAAAGCCGGAAUCAAAUACACACUUAGCAAAUCAGGGCGACCAGCAAUAUUUGCUCGGGACCCGGACGGAAAUGCACUGGAGUUCACACAAGUGUAGAAGCUGAACCAAGAAUUUUCAACUAGAAGAGAUCAUAGCCCUACUGUAGUUACCAGUAUCCGGUUAAGAAAAAACUGAUUGUACAUAUCAUUAUAUCGGUUAAAAGGGUACCACAUGAUGAUAUAUUGAUAGUGAAGUUGUAUGUUGGUAUUGGACCCCUUGAAAUAUUCUCCAGUUUGGUUUGUACUAUUAUUCAUUAUUCAAACAUAUUGUUGUUACUGAUAGACGAAUACUGUAAGCUCCCACUUUCAGAUUAGUACACAUAUACUCCUCUCGUACUGUUAAUA